CUUGAUGACUAUCUCGGCGGCAGUUUGGUGCAGCAGUCUGAUGUCUACACCAUCACCUGCGCGUAUCAAACGGCCUGCAGCAUAUGGCAGUCAAUCGAGAGAUCGGGCCCCCUCGACACAAGCUACACAUUGGAAGCUACAGAAUCAUCUGACGGUCGAAGCAAGUCCAUGGCUGUUAUUUGCGACAUCAUGCGGGAACGUUCUGCUUGUCUGCGGCAACACCCCAUGGCUGUUCAUUUCUUACCACAUCCUGCUGAGCGAGGAACCAUGUCCAAACGCGCGUGGGAAGUCCUGAUGUACAGAGCAAGAACUUUCUUGGGCUUACUGGAUCAACAGCAAGACUUGGUUCUCUUCAUGUACACGCAUGCAAUCGCUGCUGCAAGCUUGCCAGCAAGUCAGUCUUCAUUUAUGCAAAAUCUACCUCAUCCAAACGAUGCCAAGGAUAACAUAGUCGCAUGGAGAACUGAUGCCUGCCACUGUGCCUUGCGGGUACAUGUGGCGAUCGCACGGUGUCGGAAAGAGCGGAGCGCGUACUCAGUACAUCCCACACCCGCGCAAGGGUUGCACCCUGCGGACAAGGGCUCUCUGUCUGCUGACAGCUCUCGGCUGCACGACUAUGCAGGUGGCGCAUCUCCUGCUGCAAAUGUGGCAGCGUCACAAGACAGUUUUGCUGCCCGCGUCGAUCAAGAACUGCAAGAAGAAAUGGCAGGGACAGACAUGGCUUUAGCAGAUAUCAAGGAAGAGCGAAUCGAAGCAGCUGCUGCAAACAUCGUCCUUGAAGGACCAGAGGACGCGGACGACAAGGUUUGGGAAGUUCUGAAAAAACGGCGUCUGUUGCCUGGUGGUGCUGCGACGUCGGACCAGGACUUUGACAGUUUGUUUGCUGGCUUAGAAGCAUCCCGAGUUGCGUUUCAGAACGAUCCCGCCGAUCAGGCUGACCAGUCAAACAGCAUUCCUCAAAUAGUUCAGAAGCACAAGUUCCAGAUUUCAACAGACUUUCCGGAUCUGUCUGAGUACAUGACGAACCUUAUGACAGCUGCAGUUGCAGUUCUGAGCUUACGGACCGUUGAUGUGUUUCAGCGCGAGAAUGCCAUGAUGCUGUUCAUCAUCGAGGGUGAGAAGUAUAUGCGGUUCCACCAUGGGGACUGCUACGUCCUACAUGCAAGCGGGGCUUUCCAACACUACAAAGGACUUUUUCGGAUACUGCCGCAAGGCACUCGCCGUGUAGAGCAGGAAGUUCUUCAAGCAGUGUCACUGCUGCUGGAAGGCUCCGAUUGCGAACAAGCGUUACUUGAAAGAUGCCGCAUCGCCGCAGCCAACAACCAGGGUGACGCGCUGCUAAAAAGCAGAAGGGCAAGCCAACAGGCCGAUGAGCAAGACGAGGUACCCGCCGGAGAAGUCCCAGCCAACCACUGGCACAUCUAUUGCGCUCGCAUGAUCAUUGCACUCAAGCGCAACAUCAUUCGAGACCUCUCGGACGAGAAGCUAAUUUCGUACAUGGUCGAGUUUUGUGAACGACCCAUGAGUCAUGUUCCAGGCUGCUGCUACAACGACUACUGUGUCGAGUAUCCCAGCAAUGGAUCAGCUCGGCAGGUGGAGCGAUCAAGCAUCAGGGACAUUUACACGCACAUUCCGCACAGCAUCAAAAAGUUCGUGCCAGACCAUGUCAUGACACGCCUCACAAAGUUCUAUCGACAAACUUUCUGGAGCAACGUCGAGGUUUUCAAGUGCUGCCAAGCUGCACAGGCCCUGGCGAAGAGAGGCAUCAACGUCGUGCGGCUCUUCAUAGGACUUUCAUCCGGCGGCGUUGGUCAGUCCUUAUAUUCGGCGCAUCUAGAGGCAAUGUACGUCCACAACUUUGCCUAUUUCGACCCGCAAAUUUGGUUUAAUGAAGAAGAGAUGCGCAAGCAAGUCGAACAGCUCAAUGGCCGGUUUGUUCUUACAGGUCAAGAAGCACCUGGCACCAAUCGGCGACUCCGCGAGGAUCUCUACAAGAAGUUCAUGUCAGGCAUUACCGGCCGCAAGCCGUAUGGCCUCAGAACGCGGAUGAUUGAAUGCAAGGGCUGGAAGCGGUUGGAGGCGAACCGCCUUUUCCAGUUUCUGAACGUGACGCCCCGGGACUUCAAUGCCAUUCUGAGGCGUGCUCUAGUCUUCCGGAUCAAAGCGCGCUUCGAGGACCCCAGGGCUAUUGACAGCGCGUAUGAGGACAUUGACAAGGACGGCAUCUUCGCCAAGGACCAGGAGCUCAAGGACUUCUUGACCUCGCCUCAGGCGAUAUGCGCAGCCUUGCAGCUGCAGCAUGCCUUCGAAACGCAGCACAACCAACAGGAUUGUCUACAGAUGAUCGAGAACUACGCGCAGUGGGGCGGUGAUCAUGGUUUGACCGAGAAAACCAUGCGAGAGGCGUGCGGCAUGAAGCCACGCGACAUAAGAGGAAUUGCGCGCCGAGCGCACACUUUGAUUGUCCUUGAGGAGGACGAAAAGGACUCGGACGACGAUGAUGUGCAAAGGCACUGGGACACAAUGCGCACGUUCCUCGUCAAUCAUCUGCUGGGUCUUCGGCGCUUCGACGUAACAAAGCCGAUGCUGUUGCGCAUGAAGGUUCCUGCAGGGCCGAACGUCUCCAGGGAAGAGCUGGUCGACCAACUUCUGCGCAACAAGGUCAUUGUCGAGUCAGCUUCUCGAGGAAAGACUCUGGAGGUUUACAGGCCAGCGGUCGAAUGCCUCAAUCUCUGUUCUGUCUUGGACUGGAAGAACCUGGAGUCAGAGUCCACAUUUCCAGAGCUACUUCACUUGAAAAACUUUGCAGAAUAUGUCCGAGGCUGUGACGCUAGGCGGGAGAAUGCGUACCUGUUGGGUGCCUUCUACCAGGCGGCCAAGAAUCCCACUGUUCGCGGCCGGCCAUCAAAGCAACUUGCGAGGAACCUGGACAGAAGUGCUGAGGCGCAGAAAAAAGGGCGCAAGAUAUUGGACCAGGAAGAACUGUUCGAGGUAAUCCUUGCAGACCUGGCCGACGAUGUCGGACAGAGCCAAAGCAGCCAACGCAUGCAAUCAGAGCCCGCCAAGAGACGCCGAUGCUUGCCCGAAGUGAAAGAAGAAGGGAGGGAGGCGAAGCCAUGUGUUCAAGAGAUCGUCCAUGUUCAGCGCUCUUAUUCGUAUUCUUCAGCUGUGUCAUUCAGAUCCCGGAAACAAGUGGUCGGCCUUGGUGUGCAGCGUCUAUGCAGGCGUGCGCAAGUUCGUGUAGCUGCCGGAACUGUGGAUCUGGACGUCGAGAAUGCUCUUUUCACACUGAUGCACCAGCUCAUUACAAGGCUUCAGCUCCGGCCAGCUCCGCCCAACGAUGUGACAGAGACCAUUCGCGCGUGCGCUCAAGACCGUGAUCGCGUGUGUAAAGAAACUCUGCAGCUUUCCAAGGAAGAGGGAAAGGCAUUGCUUAUCAAAAUCUUCAAUGGCGCCUCAAUUCCGGACUCUGUGCAACAUGGAAAAGCUUUCCUCCAAAGCCUCUCGAAAGCGGCGCUGUAUUUGCGCUGGGCUGUUGUCUUGAUGUUCCCAGACGAGUACGCUCGCUUUCAGGAGCCGGACGCGGAAAAGAAUAACCCAGAGGCUUCACUGCUUUCGCAUCUCUACUACAUAGUAGAAGAUGUGGUCCUUUCGGCCAUGGCAGACGUCCUCUUGCAAGGUUCGCCAAAGCAUCUAUCUCUUCACUACGACGGUGUUCGUGUUUCGCGGCCUGAAGGCAAAAGCGUCGAAGAUCUUUGCAAGAGCAUCCAGCGACGUGUGAAGGAUGCAACUGGAUUUGAGGUUGUGCUUCGAGAGAAGCGUCAUCGCAGCGUUCUGCAAAUCCUAUCCGACACAGCAAGGUCAAAAGUCGGUUCUUCGUUGCCAAUGGAAUCUGUGCUGCGGCAAAAUGGCAACUGCAUCCCUGCAGCUGUGGCUCUCCUUCUGGCGAAAAUCUCAGACGUGGAAGAGGCGCUGUCAGACAACGGACAACCUCAUUGCGUCGGCUUGCGUGUCAACAGCGUGGAGUCUAUAGACGUGAUUGACGCGUGCGGCGAGUCCCGGAUAGACUCUUCUAUCUUAGAGGAGGCAUUGACCGCUGGACUGGACGCGUGCUCUGCAAUGGUUUUCAAGAUAUGCAAGAGUUCAGAUACUGUUCAAACAUCUGAUCUCUGGAGCUCGGAAGCUCUAGACAAGCUGUUGGAUCUUGAAGCCAGAGCUGGGCGACUAGCCGACAAUACCUUGAAAGAAGGGAGGCCAGCAAUCGAGCAGGAUGACGUCGUAGCGUGUGUGUCGUCGGAUGAUGUCUCUGCGCUGAUAGAAGUGAGCUCUGAGAGCUCUGACGAUGGAAAGUCUCUGCAAAAACAUUGGUUGGAUGAAGCUGCGCAGGUUCUUACCGAUAAGCAGCUUCUCGAUGACAUGAAGGCAGAGAUAGAGGAGUUCCUAGCCAGCGGAAGUUCGCAUUGCUUGGUUAGGACAAAGCAAGGGCUCCGAUGUCCUUUCUGUCCAUGGCGCUGUUUCAGGUGUGAGUCACGCGUGCUGCAACAUGUUCGAGAUCAUCACGCCAGUCAGCGGCAGUACUGCUGUUCUGGUACCAAGCAAGUUCGAGUAAUCUUGGCCUUGCACGACGCAGACAUGAUAUCUGGUGUCCGAGAUGGUGCCUAUGUUCAACGCAGCGCUUCGCUGCUGAGGGAGUGGCUGGUCUUAAGAGGACCGUCCUUCGUUCGGGCAGACUCCAUCAAAGAUCGACGCGUGCGCAGAGCGGGUGACUUGUACUACACGCAUUGCUUCGCCGAGAAACUUUUCAAAGAGACACUGCUCAACUCCGGCAAGGUGCAGGCAGUUUGGACAAGAAUGGUUCUGGAUGCUUCCGUGGCUGGGAGCAAGCUUGUCAACCUGUUGCCGCAGCAUAGCAGUGCUUGGUGGCCGAUGGUGGAGGAUAUCUUUAACUCCAGCCAGUGUUGCAGGCUAACCAAUCGCCUGCUAAUGGAGUGCGUGGAGCACAAAGAGUUCACGUACCUCUCCAUCGACGGGACAGUCAAGUGCACGAUGCCUUUGCUCGGACAGCCCAAGCCUGGCAACUACCGAGCCGGAAAGGAACCGUUCUUUCUUGAACCUGCGGACAGGAUUCACACCGUUGUCACGGCAAGAGGCCGCUCCGGUGCAGUGGUCGGUCUUUGGCCUUUGUUUUCUGAGAAGGCAGAAAAUUUGCAACAUGCUUUGGCUGCGCAUCUACCUCCGGCUGCAGCCCAAGUGCAGAGCGUUGCUACUGAUGCACCAUCGUCGCACUUGUAUACCGUGUUGAAGUCGAUGAUGCCUGGCUUGGAAGCUCUCUGUUUGGAUCCCGUUCAUCUUGCAAUCAAAUACGAGUACGGCACGGGCCGCCACCGUACUCGGGGAUCCAGGCAAUUGCGUGCGUGCCUCAGCAAGUUCAAUGCUGCUGAUGCGAACUUCGACGCACAGCACUGGGGACCGCUAUUCACUGGUCAGUCUUGCAGACAACUUUCCGCUCGAGAAGAACACAUGAAGAAGCAAAUCCUUAAUGGAUCCAUGCCUGCGGAAAGAGCUACCUGCGUCUUGAAGCAAGCCGAAAGCAAGGCGGUGUGGCCCACCCGAGCUGAGUUUAUGGAAGCAUUAGCUGCGAUUACUGCGCUUUUCUGGGACGAAGUCAACAGGAAAGGUGAAAAAAAGGGCACGCGUAUUGUCGAGCACCUGGCGUACGCGGCCGAGCCGGAAAGAUUGGAGUGGCUCUUCAACAACCUCCGUUUCAGAGCCUCUCAAAGUAGAUCCACGCUCAGCCUUCUUUCAUCCGGCACGACAUCGAACGAGGCUUUGCAUGCUGAGAUCCGUGCCUGGUUUCGGCAGAUUCAAUCACUGCACCAGUCAUCUCUCAAAUUGAAGUGUCAGGUGUUUUUGGUACGCAAGCUUCUGGAACACAACACUGCGUUGUAUCGGCCAACUUCUCGGCAAAUGACGCCAGGACAAGUUCUGGCCCGCAGGCUUGGCCAGUCACUUUGGACCGCGUCUGCUUGGCGAAAGCAAACGCAGCAGAAGUCGCAAGAGCUUCCAUUGAACAAGCUGCGGAAGCAGCAUGCGGCUGAGCGACGAAAGCUCGUUCUGAAGCGACCCGGCGUACUUAAGAGAAGGAUGAUCGGCAAACAGCCGCCGCCAGGUCGAAAGAACUUCGGUGUGCAGAAGAAGCGGACAGCAUUUAACCUACUACGCGCUCGUGGCGUUCUGCGCCAAGGUGUCGCAAAGCGACGCCCAGCAGCUUCGUCUGAACGAUGA